AUGUCAGCCGGUUCGACGUUAUUAGAAAAUCCUGGCGGUGCUUCAAUGCCAGGCGGUGCGGACAGUGGUUUAAGUCCUAUGUGGACUGCCGUAAUUGGCUUUGCAAUAAUUGCCGUGUUAUUCGAAAUAUAUAUCCGAAAUACUCGUGAAUAUAAGUUAACCAAAAAUAUGCCAUCACCUCCAAGGCUGCCGAUUGUUGGACAUGGUCAUAUGGCUUUUAAUUUAUCCAAUGCUGAAAUAAUGGCCGAAGCAAUGAAAUACAUUGACAGUCCGGGUUCUGUGGCUCGCGUUAUGUUAGGUCCUGUUAUUGCCGUUGCCCUAUGGAAUCCCGUCGACAUUGAAGCGGUGCUCAGCACCAGUAGCCACUUGGAAAAAGCACCCGAAUAUAAAUAUUUUCAACCCUGGUUUGGUAAUGGUAUUCUAAUAUCCAAAGGACAUCAUUGGUCGCAUCAUCGCAAAAUGAUUGCCCCCACCUUCCAUCAAAGUAUUUUGAAAAGUUUCAUUCCGACCUUUGUCCAGCAUUCAAAGAACGUGGUGGAACGUAUGACUCACGAAGUGGGCAAAGAAUUUGAUGUUCACAACUAUAUGUCUCAGACAACCGUGGAAAUAUUACUUUCCACAGUUAUGGGUGUAAAGAAGUUACCCGAACCCAAUAAAUGUUUGGAAUACGCCAAGGCUGUUGUAGAUAUGUGUGAUAUUAUUCACAAACGUCAGCUGAAAAUCUAUUAUCGUCUGGAUUCUCUGUUUCAAUUUUCCAAAUUAAAUGACAAAAGUCAUAAUCUGUUGAAUACAAUUUUGAAUAUGACACGAAAAGUGGUUGACGAGCGUCAGAAAAAUUUCAAUGCCGAUGCACGAGCUAUUGUCGAGAAUGUUACCGAGGCUGAGGCGCGAAAACAAAAGGCUAAAAAGACUGAAGGUUUACGUGACGAUUUGGAUGAUAUCGAUGAGAAUGAUGUGGGUGCAAAGAAACGUCUGGCCUUGUUGGAUGCCAUGAUGGAAAUGUCCAAGAAUCCUGAAAUCGAAUGGACCGAAAAGGAUAUUAUGGAUGAAGUUAAUACAAUUAUGUUUGAGGGUCACGAUACUACAUCGGCUGCCUCCAGUUUUACCCUCUGUAUUUUGGGCGUUUAUCCGGACAUACAAGAAAAAGUGAUGGAAGAACAAAGAGCCAUUUUCGGCGAUGAUCUAAUGCGUGACUGCACCUUUAACGACACCAUGGAAAUGAAAUAUUUGGAGCGUGUAAUAAUGGAAACACUGCGUUUGUAUCCACCAGUACCAAUGAUUGCACGUCGUGCUGAACAUGACAUUAAAUUACCCUCAGGACCAUAUUCGAUACCAAAAGGCACACGAUUUGCCAUUAUACAAUAUGCCAUACAUCGUGAUCCGAAAUCUUUUCCAAAUCCCAAUAAAUUUGAUCCCGAUAACUUCUUGCCCGAACGUAUGGCCAAACGUCAUUAUUAUAGUUAUAUACCAUUCAGUGCUGGUGCCCGAAGCUGUGUGGGUCGGAAAUUUGCAAUGCUCAAGUUGAAAGUUUUACUUUCAACCAUUAUUCGCAAUUUCAUUGUGAAAAGUAAUCAAAGAGAAGAAGAUUUCCGUAUGCAGGCAGAUAUUAUUUUGAAAAUGGAAAAUGGUUUUAAUAUUUCACUGGAACCACGUUUAACCGGCAAAGCGAUGUAA